UUGUCCACAGAUCCAUCAGCCAUAACACAGUGUGAUGAUAAGACUUUCCUAAACAAUAUUCGGAAUCUGCCUUCAGCUACAGUUGACGUGAAGCGUGGCGUUGCUAUUAAGUUAGAAAAUACGAAUGGCAGCAAUAAUAACAGCACGGAUAUGGAUACGUGCGUUUCCUCAUCGGCCAGUAUGGUCGAAGAGAGUAAUCGAAGUAUUUCGGUUGCUAAUUCAGUGACUCCUAACGGAAACUGUUUUGGUCUCACCAGUCCGCUGAACUGUUUGAAAAACCAACGAAGCCUAGAAAGUAUAUUGCGACUGCGUACCGGUGAAAAUCUCCAGCCACGUUAUUUACUUCAUAAACUCAACUGGCACGUGUUGGAUGAUGAACAGAUCUCAAAUACAGUCUUUGAUACUUUCAACACGUUGAAUACACAGGGCAUUAUGGAGAAAUUAGACUUAACGCAGUUCGAGCCGUUAGUCGAAGAAUCCACAUUUCUGAACGAAGAACAACUGGAAAAGAUCGCUGAAGUGCGACGUCAAAUAAACCUUCAAACGUUCGAAAUCAUGUAUGCUGUGCAUAGAUUGGAUUUGGGCGUUCUGUCGGCUGAAAACGUCGACUUGGUGACGAGUAUUGCGCCGAGUGCCGUCGAUAUACAUCGUUUUAAGAAUUACGAAAUGUCCAAUUCAGUGAGUACGCUCGGUGAAAAUGAACAGUUCGUUCUACAGUUGUCAAAAAUCGAGCGAAUGGAAGAGAAACUGCAAGCGAUGUCACAUAUGAGUAAAUUUGCGAAUCGCGUCAGUACACUCAAUCAACAAUUCAGUGAUUUCUUAAACGCCGCAAAACUUUUGCAUACGUCCACUGAAUUUCAUUACAUCCUUCAAAUACUGUUGACUUGUGGCAAUCUGAUAAGUGGUGAUUUCAAUGCUCAAAUCAUUAAAGGAUUCCGUACUUCGUCGCUUGUGGACCAAGUUACUCUGUUUUGGUGUUGUCUACCCAGUUUACAAGAGUCAGUAUCGCAAAUCGAAUAA